AUGAAAACUCAUUUCAUCCUUUCGCUGGUUCUUGGUCUAAUGAUGUCAAAUGCAGCUGCUCAUGGUCAUGGCAUAAGGCCCAAAAGGCGGAUCAACGAUCCUGCAAAAAGGAAUUUACUACCUCUUGAGGAAGACUCAAUCAUACCACAAUCGUCAUCAUCAUCAUCAUCAUCAUCAUCGGCGUCAACAUCCUUACCUUCACCUACGCACUCUUCACUUCUGUCAAUAAAUGAAACCACACCAAUACAUAUAAUACCUCGAGCCAAUACGUCUUAUUCUGCUUCUACUUCUUCUUCUAAUUCAAUGUCAACGAUAUUCGUAAUAUUACCUAAACCACCUUCGACACCAAUUUCCUCACCACCUAAACCAAUACCUACUCCAUUAGAUCUAUCAAUAUCCAAAUCACUUUCAUCAGGAUGUAUGGUUUAUCUAGCAUCUCUGUUAUCCACUUCAACCUUCAUUUCAUGUUUACCAUUAUCUUUACUCCUAACUACUUCUUCUGGAUAUUCGACUAUUCUUCAAACUGCAUUAUCGACAGGAAACUAUACUACACUGAAUAACCUGAUUUCGUACACAUCAAAUCCUCAGUUUGGGGGAAACGCUAGCCCUGAUGGGAGCGAUCAAUGUGAUGAUUAUAUGCAAAAUGUAAUGUCAAGUUUAAGUUCAAAGUCAAAUUGUGGAACCGAUAUUGCAAAUGGAAAUUUAGUUGCAAAGGAAGCUAAAACGGGUUUAGGAAAUUAUAAACUGAUUAAACAAGUUUCGACUUUGAUAGAUGAUCAAUCAGGUGUUUAUUGUUAUUUGGAAGCUGUCAAUAGUAAAAAACCAGAUGAUCUAUAUUUAUGGGGAAUACCAAGUGGUAUAUCUCUUCCUACUAAAUCGACUCCAACUUGCUCUUCAUGUUCCCGAUCGCUCUUGAACACUUACACAGCUUUUACUUCGACUACUCCGACGUUGAACUCCACACUGGUCAGUACAGCUAUCAAAAGAGUUAAUGAAGCUUGUGGACAAGGUUUCGUCAAUUUAUCCGCUGUGACCAAUACCACUUCCUCGUCGUCGAGCAGAAUCGUAUCGGUCAAUGGAUCAAGGUAUAUCUCGUUGAUCAUAGGGUUUUCAUCGUUAUUGUUUAUUUUGGGAUUCGCAUGA